AUGGACAACGAAGCCGGAGGUGAUAACAUUCGGGUCAUUACCACAAUCGGGCACGUCGAUCAUGGAAAGACUACAUUCGUCGACUCCCUCUUAGCAGCAAACAAUAUCAUUUCUGCUCGGAUGGCCGGAAAGAUCCGAUACAUGGAUAGUAGAGAGGACGAACAAGAGAGAGGAAUUACGAUGGAGAGUAGCGCUGUGUCGCUGAGAUUCAAAAUGAUGAAGCGUUCGGCUGCCGGAACUCCCGAGGCCGAGAACUUCGUUAUCAAUCUAAUUGAUACACCUGGCCAUGUUGACUUUUCGAGUGAAGUCUCUUCGGCCUCUCGUCUAUGCGAUGGUGCUCUAGUCUUGGUAGAUGUAGUCGAAGGGGUCUGUUCACAGACUAUUACGGUGCUGCGCCAAGCAUGGGUCGAUCGUUUACGUCCUGUCCUGGUCGUCAACAAAUUCGAUCGCCUAAUCUUGGAACUCAAAUUAUCCCCGUUCGAAGCUCAUCACCAUCUCACACAAUUGAUCGAGCAGGUUAACGCUGUUAUGGGCAGCUUCCAUGCUGCAGAGCGUAUGGAAGACGAUCUGCGGUGGCGCGAGGAACGUGAGCGCCGCUUACAGGCACGGAAAGAGGCUGGUGCGGAGAGUGCCGAGAACGAUGCGAAUGCGGGGAUCGAGGGGGCCGAUACGAGUGCGGAAGCAGUCUAUCAGGAAAAAGACGAUGAGGACCUAUAUUUCGCGCCUGAGAAAGGUAAUGUUAUAUUCGCCUCGGCGAUAGACGGAUGGGGUUUCCGGGUGUCCAGAUUUGCGCAGAUGUAUGCUGCCAAACUUGGGAUAAAGGAAGGCAAUUUGCGAAGAGUCUUGUGGGGAGAUUUCUAUCUUGAGCCCAAGACCAAGCGAGUCAUUAGCUACAAGCAUCUGCGCGGCCGGAAUCUGAAGCCCUUGUUUGUGCAAUUUGUGCUCGAAAAUAUAUGGGCUGUGUACGAUAGCGUGGUCAUGAACCCGAAUCCGGAUAAGGUGACAAAGAUUUGCAGCACCCUCGACGUUAAAGUUACGCCUCGAGACCUUAAAUCAAAGGAUACUCGUCAACUUGCAGCAUCUGUUAUGUCGCAAUGGCUACCUUUGGCAACUUGUACAUUUUCAACUGUGGUUGAUGCCAUACCACCCCCACACAAGGCUCAAGGAGUCCGUGUAUCUCGCAUGCUUCACCCUGAUCAAGACUCCGAUUCUCUGGAACCCCAUAACAAACUUGAAAGCGACUUAUACACAUGUUCAACGGACGCCGAGGCAUGUGUGGUCGCGUAUGUGAGUAAAAUGUUUGCCGUACCAACAAAGGACCUGCCGGCCAACAAGAAGAAAGAAAUGACUGCCGAUGAGAUGCGUGCCCGAGGUCGUGCUGCCAGAGAGGCCCGCGCUGCUGCUGGAGUGGGAGAUACUAUUGUCGAAGAGGCUAAGCCGGUGGAUUCAGGGGAGCAUACGGUCGUGGAAACCAAGCCGGGUGCGCUUGAUGGGCUCGUAGAAGAGGACGAGACAUUGAUUGGAUUCGCUCGCCUUUUCUCUGGCGUCCUUCGACCGGGUGCUACCGUCUAUUGUGCUCUUCCUAGGUUCGAUAAUCAAAAACCUAACGCAUCCACGUUGCGGACAGUCAAGGUUGGCUUACUAUUUACUAUGAUGGGUCGGGACCUUGUCCCUGUCAACGAGGUGCGAGCUGGGAACGUGUUUGCUAUCUCUGGCCUGGAGGGGGUUGUCUGGCGCAAUGCUACGCUUUCCGAUUUACCAAAGCUCAUUCGAGGACUAAAGCUUCUCAGUCAGGCUGACCCUUGCGUUGAAAGCUUCCAGCAGCAGACAGGAGAAUGGGUGAUUCUCACCGCGGGAGAGUUGCAUCUGGAGCGAUGUUUGAAGGACCUGAGAGAGCGCUUUGCAAAGAUUGAUGUCCAAGCUUCCAAACCGAUAGUUCCAUUCCGAGAAACUGCGGUUAAAGCUCCCGAUAUGCCUCCCCCAAAGUCUCAGAGCGCCGUGCGGGGAACUAUUCAUGGUUCGAGUGCUCAUGGCGCAGUCACAUUUACUAUUCGGGCUGCACCAAUGCCCAAUAGCAUUACAGAUUUCCUCCAAGCCAAUGUUAGCGUUAUGCGCAAAUGGCUAAGAGAAGGGCGUGUCAAAAACGAAUCCGAGUCGACAGAAUUUGUUGAGCAAGGCAAGGCAGUUACGGAGGAAGACGUGACCGCCGAUGCGGACUCUUCCCAGGUCGCGACUGUCAAGGACGUAGAUUUCUGGCCAGCCUUUGAGAAACUAUGCGCAGAAGCUGGGAAAGAAUGGACAGAUCUACCUGGGCGUAUCGUUGCGACUGGGCCUCAUCAUGCUGGUCCGAAUGUACUUGUGGGCGGGACAGCUUCCGGUAUUACUUCACUCCAGAGUCGUACAGAUCCGCGCUGGAAGUCUCAAACCAAACCUGAGGACGCACCUACCAAAAAGGUCUAUCGAGAUUAUGAAGAUAGCAUCGAUACAGGAUUUCAGAUUGCCACCUUCCAAGGCCCAUUGUGUGCGGAACCCGUCAUGGGUAUGGCUUAUUUCCUGGAAGAUGUAAAACAAAACCCGGACGCUACGCAUACACAACCUGGACAAAUCACGGGCUCGAUGAUCUCCGCCGUUCGCGAUGCUUGCCGCGCUGGGCUAUUGGAUUGGUCACCCCGGCUUAAGCUCGCCAUGUAUACAUGUGACAUCCAAGCCACGACGGAGGUUCUUGGGAAAGUGUAUGGUGUUGUCGCCCGCCGACGUGGCCGCAUCGUUUCGGAAGAAAUGAAGGAGGGCUCGAUCUUCUUCACUGUCGAGGCGCUCCUCCCUGUCGCUGAAAGUUUUGGAUUUGCUGAUGGUCUGUGGCCUCCACAUUCGUGUUUGUCUGUGUUGACCAAUCGCCCAUCUUUCAUCCAGAAUUGCGUGGGCGAACGUCAGGCGCUGCAAGUCCGCAGCUUAUUUUCAGCGGGUAAGUCCGGUGGCGACCCUGGACCUAGCUUUGGUCUAGUUCCUGGAUGCUCGGCGCUCACGGGCGAGCUGAUCUACAGAUACGAGCUAUUCGACCAAGACCCAUUCUGGGUCCCAACCACCGAAGAGGAACUCGAGGACCUUGGUGAAAAGGCGGACCGGGCCAACGUUGCUCUCGGAUAUGUGAAUGCCGUGAGGAAACGCAAAGGUCUGUUCGUGGAGGAAAAGAAGUUCGAGGCGGAAAAGCAGAGGACACUCAAAAAGUAA